AUGACGAUGGAAGUCAAACAAAGCCGAUUUAAGAUAUUCUUCAAAGACAAUGCGUUGAUGUUAUUGAACGUGCUGGGUAUUAUAAUUGGCCUGGCACUAGGUUUUGGACUCCGCGAAGUACAUCCCUCAAAGGAUGCUCUCAUGUGGAUUGCUUUGGAUAUCGACGAUCGUGUGUUCGAGGAAGGUUUCCCCGGUGAACUGUUUCUAAGAAUGUUACGGAUGUUAAUCGUUCCUCUUAUUGUCUGUAGUGUUAUCUCAGGUGCGGCCUCAAUGGACCCAAAAUCAAAUGGAAAAAUAAGUUUAAUCGCCAUAGGUUUUAUUGUUGUGACUCAUCUGAUAGCUUGUACUAUAGGGGUGGUCUUAUCAAUACUUAUAAAACCAGGUGUUGGUGGAGAGAGCACAGACGCCGAUGAUAUCAGGGAGAAUUUAAUAGAAACUCAGGAUAUUUUUGCAGAUUUAUUUCGGAAUCUUAUACCUAAUAAUUUGGUGGAAACAGCCUUUAAACAGGCCCAGACACAAUAUGAAAAAACAGUAGAAAAUGUGACCAGAAAUAGCACCAAUGGAAGUUUUAUUGAUGUAGUAGUUACGAUAUCUAAAAGUAAUGGCUCGACUGGCGGUGUUAAUGUUUUAGGUCUUAUAACGAUAAGUACGGUAUUUGGUGUAGCUAUCAGUAAACUCAAAAAGAAGGCUGAAAUUUUUCUACAAUUUUUUGUUGGUGCAACUGAACUUAUUUUAUUCAUACUUCGUAAUUUCUUCUGGGCUGGACCAAUUGGAAUCGCAAGUUUAGUGGCAGUAUCGAUCGCGCCGGUUGAGGACAUUGCCGGUGUAUUUUCACGACUGGGACUAUUUGUUGUGUGCGUAGUGGUCGGACUAAUAAUUCAUCAAUUUAUCAUUUUACCAGUUAUAUUCAUUAUAUUCAUGCGGAGGAAUCCAUUCAAGUUUAUGUUAUCGACAAUCCGAGCUAUUUUAUUAGGAUUUGCUUCCACCAGCACAGCCGUAGCCAUUCCGGAGAUGUUGGUAGCUUGCGACAAGGAAAAAGUAGAUCGGAGAGUGUCACGUUUUACCAUACCGUUUUGCGUUACGUUAAACGCUGACGGUAGCGUUAUAUACAUCACAUGUGCUGCAGUGUUCAUAAUACAGUUGUCUCUAGGAACCGUCACACCAGCUCAAUCCGCCAUUAUCGUAGACAGACUUAGAUCGCAGACAAAUGUAGUGAGUCACACGAUGAUAACAGCUAUAACGUACAGUUUAUGUAAAAAAUCUUUAAAACAAAACGACGAAGACAUUCUUGAAGUGGACAUCGUUGUCAAUGGCGACACAAAACAAGAAAAUCACGUGACAAAACUAUAA